GACAGUUUUCCUUUACGGCAGACUGUGGUGUUACACACACGUGUUGUCGUCGCAUGGGAAGUCUGCAGGGCUGCUGCUAGUUCAGUAGUUCAUUGUUGCAUAAUGUCGUACAGAGGAGGAGGUGGUCGAGGUGGAUUCGGUGGUCGAGGAGGAGGACGAGGUGGUGGGUUUAAUAACCGCGGCGGAGGAUUCAGAGGUGGCGGCGGAUUCGGUGGCAGAGGUGGUGGACGCGGUGGCUUCAACAGACAGCAAGACUUUGGACCCCCAGAAUAUGUUGUUGCUCUGGGAGAGUUCAUGCAUCCUUGUGAGGACGAUAUUGUGUGCAAAUGCACCACUGAAGAGAACAAAGUUCCAUAUUUCAAUGCCCCAGUUUACCUGGAGAACAAGGAACAGAUUGGAAAGGUGGACGAGAUAUUUGGCCAACUGCGGGACUUUUAUUUUUCAGUCAAACUCUCCGAAAACAUGAAGGCAUCGUCUUUUAAGAAGUUACAGAAGUUCUACAUAGAUCCUAUGAAGCUUCUUCCACUGCAAAGGUUCCUCCCGAGGCCACCAGGAGAAAAGGGUCCACCAAGAGGAGGCAGAGGGGGCGGAAGAGGAGGAGGAAGAGGUGGCGGUCGUGGAGGUGGAUUCAGAGGCGGUAGAGGUGGAGGUGGCAGGGGAGGAGGGUUCGGAGGUGGACGCGGAGGUGGAGGAGGAUUCAGAGGGAGAGGGGGUGGAGGACGUGGUUUCAGAGGUGGAAGAUGAUCCAAAGGUGCUGAUGUGGUGCGGCUCCUAUCCCUGUCCUUAAUAAACAACAAGAUGCCAAGUGCAAGUGUUGACCUCGCAGGACAAGAUGGACCAUCGUUUUUUAUUUACUUUGGAUUCUCUUUUGUUCCAUUUUGUACCAUUUUUGAAAUUGUAAUGGAUCUUGAUUGUAUUUAAAAGAUUCAUAUGUGCGGGUGUGCUGGAUUGUAAAAAAUGUCUUUCAACUGCCUGGAGGUUUUCUUGAUAUAUUUUAGUAUUUGCCAUUUUGAGCAAAAGGAAAAAAAAGCGAGUAUUUAGAUAUACUGCUUCGAGGGAUGAGUGGUGUUAAAGGUCCAUUGUAGUUGGAAGUACUUUUAUUGUCAUGUUUUUGU